CCAAUCAAUGAACAUCCCCAAAAUACCCUGGUCUUGAUCAUUUAAUUACAAGCAUUAUCCUUCUGUCUUCCCCCAAAGGGAUUUUGGCGCCAAAGUUCGUUACUUUCUUCACUACUCUAACAAUAUAACCAACCCAUCAAACCCAGAAAGAUUCUCAAAGUGCAAAACACAAUAAACGAAGAAAACAUUCUACCAAGAUCUCAAAGCUUCUCUCUUUUUCUCCCAUGGCGUCCAGCCACCAUUCUUCUCUGCUCUUCAUCUUUCUCACCACUCUCUUCACAGCCACCAUUGCAGCCUCUCCCUCACCACCAUCACCCCCACAACCCCCAUCGCCAUCACCAUCAUCAUCGCCACCGCCAUCGCCUCCAUCAUCAUCACUGCCACCUCCUCCGCCGGCAUCAUCACCGCGACCUCCAUCUCCGCCAUCCCCAACCUCCACACCCCAACAACUCAACAACAUAAUCGACGCCCUAAUCGGAGCCGGCGACUUCGGGAACUGGGUCAACAUCAUCACCGGCGCGAACCCACUGGUCCUUCCUCUGAGCGCGACCCUCUUCAUCCCUCAAGACGACGCCUUGAACCGCAUGCCGACCACCGACCCCUUCAUGUUCCCUUACCACGUGGUCCCUCAGCGCCUCAUCUUCUCCGAGCUCCAGCUCUUCAAGCCUAAGUCUCGCCUUCCCACUCUGCUCCCCGGCAAGUCCAUUCUUAUCACCAACGCCUCCCGCUCCAACUUCUCCCUCGACGGCGCUCCUCUCACCCAGCCCGACCUCUACGUCAGCGCCACCAUGGCUGUCCACGGCGUCGGAGCCAUUCUUGAGUACUCUGUUUACGGUGAUGGGCUUAACCUUUUGCCCAAGCCCAAUUCGCAGCAGGGGCAGCAGCAGCCGCUACUGCCGCCGCCGCCAUCUCCAGGGGUGUUUUCCCCCGCGGGAGAAAUCGUGGGCGGCGGGUGGAGGUCUGAUGCAGCGCCGCCGUGCCAUUGUGUUGAGUUUCCGGUUGGUUGGUUCUUGGUUGCUUGUGCGGUUUUGGGAUUCAAGAUUCAGAGGAACUACUAGGCUUGGUAGUUGAAGUUCGUCUCUGCUAAUUCUCAUUAUCGGAUGGGGUUCUCGCACAUUUGGCAAAUCAUCUGGAUGAGGAUGAUCUUGAAUUCUUGAUCAAGAUUAAUUGGGAUUUAGGAUUCUUUUGCGGCAACUACAGUUUGUUAAUUGUGUGAGUUUUGUGUUGAUGUUCAUCAAUUUCUUGUUCCAAAAUUGUGCAUUUUGCUGUAAGUCUGAUCUCACCAUGCAAUGGUGUUCUUAUUGUAUUCUUUACUCAUGAAUGCAACUUAGCUAUGUCCUCAAUGAUACAUACAUUGUUGUUGUUUCCUCUUUCAAUUAAAUCAAGUGCGAUUUCAUCCCUCUCUUUUCUUCAGAGAAAAUUAGGAUUAUAAUUGUGGAUUUUUGUUUUUUCAGAUCAGAAGGUUUUUUUUAAAAAAAAAAAUAGAAAGAAAAUCAGAGGGUUAUGCAGUGAGAAAUGUAGUUCUUUUUCAAUGCUUCUAUUGGCAACGCUUUUCAAUCACCCUUCUUGUUUUUUUGAAUGGGUUAUCGCAU